ACUGUCAUGCACUUCGCAAUCGCAACACCCAAAAAAGGUGCCUCUCUCUCUCUUUGGCGCACACACACUUCACAUUCUUCCUUAGGGUUUCUCUCUCAUUGGAACACAGAUUCAGAUUCCCAGCUUCUCCAUUUUCAUUUCCCUUUUUACUCCAACUCGUGAUCUGUUCUACUUCCAUGUUUUGUAAAGUUAGAAAUGCAAAUGUUACCACUUUUCGAUGAUUCCUAUGUAAAACGGUUAUAACAGAAAAACCGAUCUUGAAUCACUUCACAUGGCAAUGGAAGGUUCUAGAAGCGGUGAUUCUAGAGUGGAGAAUUUGAUUUCUGCUAAAAGGUCAUUGAAACUUAGUUUAGAGAAAUCAAAAUCGGUGGGUUUAGCGUUAGAGAAAGCAGGGCCACGGUUAGAGGAGAUUAGGCUAAGGUUACCGUCGCUUGAAUCGGCGGUUCGCCCUAUUCGUGCCGAUAAGGAUGCACUUGCAGCCGUUGGCGGUCACAUUAACCGUGCCGUUAGCCCUGCUGCCGCCGUGCUUAAGGUUUUUGAUGCCGUUCAUGGCCUUGAAAAGUCGAUAUUGUCGGAUCCACGGAAUGAUCUUGCCGGUUACUUGUCGGUGUUGAAGCGCCUUGAGGAGGCGUUGAGGUUCUUGGGAGAUAACUGUGGCUUGGCAAUUCAGUGGUUGGAGGAUAUAGUUGAGUAUUUGGAGGAUAAUUGUGUGGCGGAUCAGGUGUAUCUUGCAAAUUUGAAGAAGGAAUUGAAGAGUCUCCGGGAAUUGCAGUACAGGGAGAUUGAUGGUGGAUUGUUGGAUGCUGCGUUGGAUAAGUUGGAGAAUGAGUUUAGGUUGUUGUUGACUGAAAACAGUGUGCCGUUGCCAAUGUCAUCGGCUGCGUCGCUUGGUGAUCAAGCGUGCAUUGCACCAUCGCCUUUGCCGGUGUCUGUUGUUCACAAGUUGCAGGCGAUUCUUGGGAGGUUGAUUGCUAAUGAUAGGCUCGAGAAAUGUAUAUCUAUUUAUGUUGAAGUGCGUAGUUCUAACGUGAGGGCGAGUUUGCGGGCUCUUAAUUUGGAUUACCUUGAGAUAUCUGUGUCUGAAUUCAAUGAUGUGCAGAUUAUAGAGGGUUAUAUAGCUCAGUGGGGGAAGCAUUUGGAGUUUGCGGUGAAGCAUUUGUUUGAGGCUGAGUAUAAGCUUUGCAAUGAUGUCUUUGAGAGGAUUGGGUUGGAUGUGUGGAUGGGUUGCUUUUCAAAGAUAGCUGCGCAGGCUGGUAUUCUUGCAUUUCUUCAAUUUGGGAAGACUGUUACAGAGAGCAAGAAGGACCCAAUUAAGCUUUUGAAGUUGUUGGAUAUUUUUGCAUCUUUGAACAAGUUAAGACUGGAUUUCAAUAGGCUUUUUGGCGGUGCAGCGUGUGCUGAAAUACAGAAUUUAACAAGGGAUCUUAUUAAGAGAGUGAUUGAUGGAGCGGCAGAGAUUUUCUGGGAACUUUUGGUUCAGGUAGAGUUGCAGAGGCAGAAUCCACCUCCUCUGGAUGGCAAUGUUCCGAGACUUGUGAGCUUUAUCACCGAUUACUGUAACAAACUUCUAGGGGAGAACUAUAAGCCAAUAUUGACUCAGGUUCUGAUCAUCCAUCGAAGUUGGAAGCGCCAAAGCUUUCAGGAGAAACUUCUUGUUACUGAGAUUUUGAACAUAGUGAAAGCUGUGGAAUUGAAUGUGGAGACUUGGAUCAAGGCUUAUGAUGAUCCUAUGCUGUCCAACUUUUUUGCCAUGAACAAUCACUGGCAUCUGUGCAAACAUUUGAAAGGGACAAAGCUUGGGGAGCUCUUGGGAGAUUCUUGGUUAAGGGAUCACGAACAGUAUAGGGACUAUUACUCUACAAUAUUCUUGAGGGACAGCUGGGGAAAGCUUCCUGGACAUUUGAGUAGGGAAGGGCUGAUUCUUUUCUCUGGAGGGCGUGCCACCGCUCGUGACCUGGUCAAGAAAAGGUUGAAAAAGUUCAAUGAAGUUUUUGAUGAGAUGUUUGCAAAGCAGUCAAGCUGGAUCAUGCCAGAACGAGAUCUGAGAGAGAAGACAUGUCAGCUUAUAGUGCAAGCUGUGGUGCCUGUUUACCGGAGUUACAUGCAGAAUUAUGGUCCUUUGGUUGAGCAAGAUGCUAACUCCACAAAAUAUGCAAAGUACACAGUACAGAAGCUGGAGGAAAUGCUCUUGUGUCUUUAUCGGCCAAAGCCUGUAAGGCACGGCAGCUUGAGAAGUCCACAGUUUGGUGGAAAAUAUGGCAAUGGAGUUCCUGAUCUUCGCAGAACAGCUUCUGCAGUUGUGUAAUUUCCCAAUUAUUAUAAAUCUAAAGACCAAACAGCAUUGAGAAUCUCCCCCUCAUCAGACGGAUGGCAGCUGUAUAUAAUUUUCCUCUGAGCUCUGCAGUGCAUGAGAUGGGCUUUGCUUAAUUUCUGAGAAGGAAGCUUCUGAGCACUGCAAUUCAAAUAGCUGAUGAUGUAUUUUCAUGAAAUGAAGUUUAGUUUCUCUUUUGAGAUGAAAAAACAGAUUACUAUCUCCCUUGCUCAGAGGUUUCUGCAAAAGAUAUGCCAUCUGUUAAAACAGUAAGUUAUGAACUUUUGAUUAAUAAGAAUGGACCUUGCUAAUGAGGUUCAUUUGGUCAUACUGCCAGCUGAAGUAAUUUUAUUCAAUCUUCAUCUUCAUCCAUUCAGUUGUUCGUAGCAGCAGGAUCAUUUUAAUUUGCCAAUUUUAUGUACAAUUUUUAGUGUACAUGGACUUAGAAGUUUAGAGUAACAAUAUUUUGUCAUUAAUAUCUUUGGGGGUGAAGUUGUUAAUUGUAAAUGCAGAAACCCUUGUGAGUUCCUUGUUCCAUGUACUUUUUUGAGGAUGUCUUUUCCAAAAUAAGACCUGUAUUUUGGCAAUGAAUUCACGGGGAGGCUUGGGAAAAUAGGCUGUUUUGAAUCAUUUUUCUGUUCCUCUAUAAAUUAAAAUACUAGUUCCAAUUAUUAUGAGUGUGUGUUGGCAGUUCCAUUUUUCUACUUGAUGCUUUAUUUUUCAUCCGUUAUGGUUCUGCAUUUCGUAUGUUAUGAAAUUUGGGUUUUGGGAGCAAUUUAACCAUGUGAAACCAGCGGCCAUAGUUACUGUUUUUUUUGUGUGUAAAAAAAAUAAAAAAUUUAGGUGACUUGGAUCACUGAAGAGUGGUUACAGAGGGACUCAUGAAUCGCCUACCAACAACAUCCUCAUGUCAGUAGUGGGAUUUGGACGAGUUUUUGUGAGUUACAAAUGUAAUUCUUAUUAACUAGACCGACCUUCGUUGGCAUAUUUAAAAAACUCUUCAAGCCUAGCUAGUAUAGUAUGUCCUCUAGUUAGUUUGAGUUGCUGUUAUGACAGUGAUUAUAGCAUAUUUUUGAGUCGUCUUAUACCAUUUUCCUUCUCAAUUAUCUCAAAGCAUUAAGAUUGGAUACAUAAAGGAUCUUGUUUAACUAGUACAGAUAUAGUUCUUUGCAUACAAAUUGAAGUAUCUCAAAGCAAUUGGAUUAUGCAGGACAGAUAAAGGCUAAAAUACUGAAUACAUUAUGAGUAUUCUUUCUUAAUAUCAAAUUCAUAUUUGGUCCACAAGAACAUCGAAGCAAUGCAGCAUCAAUCCAUAUCUACAACGUCAAGUUUAUUUAACUGAUGAAAUGUACAACCUACAUAUUAUCAAGAACGUGACAACGUUUUGGGUUUGAUCAUGUAAAUAGCCUUUCAUUCGUUCUGAUGUUGGAACGGAGAAGCAUUCCUUCAAUUUUAAACUUACAUAU